AUGGGUCGCCCAAAGCGCCAAGUGCUCGCCACAAUCGAAGACACCAUCACUCCGCCAGACGUCCUGCCAGAUGCACACCUCAUUGCGCGCAUCGUGAAAGCAGAGGGCAAGAACCUGUACAGCGCCGACCUGCCCAACGGAAAAACUGUUCUCGCAGAGCUCGAGGCAAAGUUCCGCUCUACAGUCUGGAUCAAGCGCGGCAGCUAUGUAGUCGUGGAUACAUCUGCGCUGGCGGAGCGGGACAACAAGCUCGAUGGGGAGAUUGUGAACGUGGUGAGAGAUGAGAAGGCGUGGAGAAAGAUGGUGUAUUGGCCCAAGGAGUUCGUCAAGAAGCCCGCCUACGAGGACAGCGACGAGGAAGAGUCGACCGUGGGCAAGAUGCCGCCUUCUGAUUCGGACGAGGAGUGA